AUGAGUUUGAUGAUUGAUAAUCCAAACUAUAGCGACAUCAAAAUAAUUUGCGGAGAUGCUGUUUCUUUCAACGCGUGUAGUGCCAUUCUUGCCGCUCGCUCUGAGACAUUUUCCCAAAUAUUAUGCAAUUACGAUGUCAUAAACAUAAAAAAUAGAGAACUACAUUUUCGGAUGAUUUCCGGAGAAAUCAUGAGAUUUAUACUGGAAUUUAUUUAUACGGGUAAAUUAAAUGGUGAAACGGAGAGAUAUGAAAGUGAUGUCGAAGAGGAGGAUGACGAAGAAGAAUAUGAUUUUUUAAAUGUCGACAACGUAUUCGAAUUAUAUAUUGCAGCUGAUUAUUUCCAAAUGGUGAAGUUACAGGAGAUAAUUGUGGAUUAUCUAAAAAAGGUCUGUAAACACGAAGGCGAAAAUAUUGCUCCGGAAUUGUUAACGAGUGCUGUAAAACACAUGCGACAUAUUUUAGACGAUGAUACCACUAUCCCUUCGUCUCCUUCCUUAUCCAAACAUACUGAUAAUGAAAUGAAAACGUUACUUUUGGACACUGUUUCACGAAUUUCUUUGGAUAAAAUAAAGUUUGGUAGACUGUCAUUGAACGCAUUGGAAUACUUGUUGAAAUAUACAUACCCUAGAAGAAAAUAUCUUAACAUUCUAGAGUAUUUGGUGCUCCGUUAUGCAUUAUUGCUGUCGGCGAGGAGUGUGUCAAAGGAUGCGUUCAUUAGUUUAGAAAAUCGAUUACCCAUUUCGAAUAACAUUAAGAGAGAGCGCCCGCGAAUAUUGGAUAGAAAUGACACACUAGCUACAUUUAGUUCUGUUCGUAAUUCCAUUUCGGACAUUGUCACACCUCUGCUUGAAUACAUUGCUUUCCGAAAAAUUGAUGGAAACAUAUUGAAAGACUUAAUAGAACCAUUGGGUAUUAUCAAAAAAAGAUAUCAUGUUGGAAGCUUAUCGAUUCCACGCAACCGAAUAUAA